UGUACUGAGUCACAUUCUAAAGGGCGCCGAGAUAACAACGGGGACGUGUCCCACAUCUACACCUCGUCACUUCAAAGACUACAACCAUAUUUAUUCAUUGAUGGAGCGAGAUACAUAAUCAGCGUUUCAAUGGCGGAAGGUGGUCCUCAUCCAGACCCUCACUCUGAAGACAGCGCACUACCUGACCUAUCAGACUCGCAUCUUCUCGAAUGUCCGAUCUGUCUUGAGCAGUUACGUCAGCCGAAGUCUCUGCCGUGUCGUCAUUCGUUUUGUGAGGAAUGUUUGAGUAGCUACAUCGUCAGUGAGGUGUUAGGGACGAGUGAUACGGCGACUUCCUUUAUCUGUCCGGUAUGUAGGACGUUAACUCACCCUGUGGACAAAACGGAAGACAAAGAGAAAUGGGCCCAGCAGUUCCCGACCGACAGUGUUGCCAUAGAGAUGAUACAACUGAGAAACAGGACGACAGAGCCACGUUACUGCGCGCCCUGUCAGAGAAAGGGAAGCAUGACCUCUGCACAAUUCUGGUGUGAAACUACUCAGUCAUUGUUUUGUGAGUCUUGUAAAGUGGAUCACCAUGAUGUGGUCCAUGUGAGCUGUGAUAUCGUAGAUAUGAGAGGUUCCGGGAAUUUCCUGCUGAGACAGGAAACAUCUGACAAACGAUGCGACAAACACAAGGAUGUGAUUGCUUAUUAUUGCGAGGAUCACAAGUCCCUGGGUUGUAGUAAAUGUAUCAUUGUUGGUCACAGGAAAUGUGACAACGUGUCCACAACAGAGGAUUACUGUGAGAAACUGAAUAGUAGCUCCCAACUAGAGGAAAGAAAGACAUAUCUACAGCAAGGAGCAGACGACAUGGAAUCUAUGAUAAAGGAUUUUUAUCUACGACAACAGAACAUUGCAGACGACAAAGAUGCGAUAUUGAAAAGCAUCGACGACCUGCAGGGACGUAUGGAUAAACGUAUCAGAGAGAUGAAGAAGGAAAUCACAGAUGACGUAAUCACGGCGUACAAACAGGAAAGAGAAAAUCUUAAGGUGUCCACACAGAAGUGUGAACGGCUGAAGGUCGCUAUACAGAAUACAUUAGAAUCGUCCGCUACAGCGCUACAGAGGAACGAUCAUAUGGACACGAUCAGGCUUUACCAGAAAGGUCAGACGGAGCUCGGGGCUUGUAAAGAUCUAGUGAAAGAAAUGCAGAUGUCGAUUUCAACUGUCAGUAUUGAACAUGAAAUAGAUUCGGACGUGACAAGUCUGAACUUUGGUAAAGUCGUUGUCCGAAAGCAGCGAAGAGAUUUACCAGGUGUCGCAGCUCUCGCCAAACCUUUAUCCCAAUGUGAAGUAAAGGAAAUAAGAAAGGUGAACAUAAAAUGUCCGUCUGAUCAAUUUGAUUGUGCUGCCCGUGGUGUUGUAUACUUUCCUGACGGCAGAAUUGUGGUGGGAGAUAACAGCAAUAACAAAAUGAAGUUAAUCAACGACGCGGGGGAUGUUGUGGACGAGUUGAAAUUGGAUGGAAAUCCUUGGGAUCUGUGUAUGGUGGAUAACACCACUGUGGCGGCCGCUAUAAAAAGUCCUGGAGGUAUACGUGUAGUGACUGUGACACCCUCCAAACUUACACUGUCGUCUGUAAUAAACACAAAAAAACAAUGUUACGGUAUAACGUACAGAGAUGAUGAGUUAAUCGUGAGUACAGGAUCCGAAGUCUGCAGUGUUAGGAACGACGGGACGACCAAGACGUUAUAUCGAUAUACUGACAGAGUAUUCGCUUUGUCACAUGAUUCCAAGGACAGACAACUCUUUAUCACCCAGUAUAACUACAGCAAUGGCAGUACGACGAUUGGUAGGUUGUCUACUGACAACAAGUACAUGGACGUGUUGAAGGUUGGUGUAGUUAAGCAUGCGUAUGGAGUGGACGUAGACAUUGAAGGUAACGUCUAUGUCUGUGGUUACUACUCCAACAACGUGGUACAGAUGUCCGGGGAUGGGACUAAUGUCCGGGAACUGUUAACGGCAGCGGACGGUAUCACACAACCGUGGGCAAUAUCUGUUUGCGGUGAUAAACUGGUGGUGACAAACCAAUCAGGUCAGAUGGAUCGCAUCCAAGUGUUCCAACUUGUAUGACUUGCAGACUCAAUCGUACACAAAAUCGACAUUUGAAAUCAGUGUAUUCUUGAUAUAUAUACCAUUAUUAUAACUGUUUUUAUUUAUUGAACAAAUAUGUAAAAAUCAUUUCUAUUGUAAAUGAGAAUGAUGGACAAAAUCAAAAGUGUUUAUAAAAAUUAAAUAUUACCUAGUUCUGAAUGAAGUGUCAAUUACGCAUAUAGUUUUGUUGACAUUGUCGGACUAACAACCAAAACGGGUAUUUUGUAAUCUUAAUAUACAUAAUUAUGCACUGUAAUGAGUUAUUGUGUAUGUGUAAGAAACACAAAAUGUCGACUUUGUCGGGACUUAAGACUAAGAAAUGAACGUAGUUUUUUUCACAACGUAAUUUUCUUAAGUGAAGACUUUUCUUUGAUUUAAAAGGACAAUUGUAAGAAGGAUUUUUUGUUAUAAUAUUGUCACAAAAUUCCCCAUGAUAAGAUAUUUUGAUACUCCUUAUAAACUAUUCAUGUCAGAAAAUUGCCUAGAGACAACGCUUUCUGGGCGUUUUAAAUGAGUAAUAAAGAAAUCCUUAAAACAUCAUGUUUUAGCGGAAGCUGUCGGGGAACUUCUAGCUAACAAAAUGUCUUUACAGCCGAGGGGAGAAGAUGAAUACUCGCUUUGUUUCACCUUACGUUUUUGCAAUACAAGAACAGGAAUUUAUUCUGAAUCAAAAGCAUCUCCCAAUGAGUGAUCUAUUUUACGUUUAAACCUAUUGAUAUCGUACUUCGUGCGGUUUGACAUUCUCCCGGCGGUAAUCUCUCAGUGCCUGCAUACUCUAAUUCAACCUGUUUCUUUAUAUUCAAAUUCAAAUGUGAACAGAAACAUCUCAUAACAUUAAUAUGUUUCAAUAUUUAUAAUUUUGCUUGCGAUGUAUUGUGUAAAUUCAAAGCGACAAACGUGUGUUAUGUGUAAAAUCAUAUUCCCUGUCGGUCGACAACGUGGUACUACUCACAGAAAGACCCGGAUAUUCCGCUAUUUCGGUCGUAGCUAUUUUUAUCACCGGCAUUCCCAAAAGAUAAAACUGACCGCACUGGACGUUGGCCUCAGGUCAUGUCACUAUAACCGACGUAAACGUUCAUGAUGAGAUAUAUACCUUCAGUAUCUACUCGAUUUUAAGAGUGUCAUUUGACUCGAUAGCCCCUUUAUGCCCCUUUAUGCAAUGCGAAAUUCCUGUACGAUGUCAUUCAGUUCCAAGUGAGUUUUUUUUACUAGUUACUGUAUUUUAAACCAUUUCAAGCUUCUGACCGUGUUUCUGUUUGUCUAAAUAAAAAGGGCUCUCUAAUAUGAUUCUAUAGAGUAUUCGUUUUUCUUGGAUUCCUGAUCGAGUCUC